GAUUAAAAUAACACAGAGACUAUAGAACUAGAGAGUUCCGUGUUGAAGUUAAAGAAAAUUAGAAAUUAGAAUCACAUUCACAUCAUCAUCAAAUACAGAAUAAUAAUCAAACCAGAAACACAGAACAAUCUAAUCGAAUCAAAUCGAGUGGUUCCCGGCGUGAAUCGGAAAAUGGGCUCGGAGAAUGAAAUUUCUCCGGCCGACGUGCACAAGGCUCCUCCCGGCAAAGAACAACAAGCCGCCGGCGUCGGAAUCCUUCUUCAGAUCAUGAUGUUAGUUUUAUCCUUCGUUCUCGGUCACGUUCUCCGUCGCAAAAAGAUUUACAUCAUUCCGGAAGCUAGUGCUUCUCUUCUCAUAGGGUUAAUUGUUGGUAUUUUAGCUAACAUUUCAGAUACUGAAACUAACAUCAGGGCUUGGUUCAAUUUUCAUGAGGAGUUUUUUUUCUUGUUCCUGCUACCUCCGAUCAUAUUUCAGUCUGGUUUCAGUCUUGCACCUAAACCUUUUUUCUCAAAUUUUGGUGCAAUUGUCACAUUUGCUAUAUUUGGUACCUUUCUAGCUUCCUUUGUAACGGGUGCCUUGGUUUAUCUUGGUGGGUUGGUCUUCCUCAUGUAUAGACUACCUUUUGUUGAGUGCAUGAUGUUUGGUGCUCUGAUAUCAGCAACCGAUCCCGUUACAGUUUUGUCCAUAUUCCAGGAGCUGGGCACAGAUGUCAAUCUAUAUGCCUUGGUUUUUGGAGAAUCUGUUUUGAAUGACGCAAUGGCAAUUUCUUUGUACAGGACAAUGUCAGUGGUUAAAAAUAAUCCAUCUGGACAAAAUUUCUUCAUGGUGGUUGUUAGAUUUUUGGAGACUUUUGUUGGGUCUUUGUCUGCAGGUGUUGGAGUUGGGUUUACAUCUGCUUUGCUAUUUAAGUAUGCAGGCUUGGAUAUUGACAACCUUCAGAACUUGGAGAGCUGUCUUUUUGUUCUCUUUCCAUAUUUCUCGUACAUGCUUGCUGAAGGCCUUGGUCUGUCCGGUAUUGUAUCAAUAUUAUUCACAGGAAUUGUUAUGAAGCACUAUGCAUAUUCAAAUUUGUCACAAAGUUCUCAAAGAUUUGUCUCUGCUUUUUUUGAGUUGAUAUCAUCAUUAGCAGAAACAUUUAUAUUUAUAUACAUGGGCUUUGACAUUGCUAUGGAACAACAUAGCUGGUCGCAUGUUGGAUUUAUAUUCUUCUCCGUUAUAUUCAUUGUAAUUGCAAGAGCCGCGAAUGUCUUCUCUUGUGCUUACCUGGUCAAUCUGGUCAGACCUGCUCAUCGAAAGAUACCUCCAAAAUACCAAAAGGCACUUUGGUAUAGUGGACUUCGAGGGGCAAUGGCCUUUGCCCUUGCUCUGCAAUCAGUUCAUGAUCUUCCAGAAGGACAUGGACAGACCAUCUUCACUGCAACUACAGCAAUAGUUGUUUUGACGGUAUUGCUGAUUGGUGGUUCAACAGGUACCAUGCUGGAAGCUCUAGAUGUCAUAGGUGGUGAUACUCACAGCGAUAGCUCUUUGGCUUCAGUUGGUCCCAUUACAGAUUACGGGGGGAACAAUGGUUAUAUUGCUCCUUCAUACGAGGAAGAAUCAUCGUCAUCUGGGAACAAAAUAAAGAUGAAGCUAAAAGAAUUCCACAAGAGUACUGCAUCUUUUACGGCAUUAGAUAGAAAUUAUCUCACCCCGUUCUUUACAAGCCAUAACGGAGAUGAGGAUGAAGAAGCCGAACCUUUUACUUCUGCGAGAUCUUUUACUUCUUCAAGAUCAGGAUUUCAUGGCCAGAGCCCUUAUGCAUCGCCGUGAUUCUUUCAAACAACACAACACUCUCAAAAUCUCCUCUGUACAUAUCAACCAUGCAAUUUAUAAUAGAGUAGGAAUUGGCAUAAUACAUGAAUCAAAUUUACCUCCUACACUCCAAGUUGUUCGAUUGAGAUCUCAAGUCUUACUGGGUUGGACAAGGACACAUCUUUGCAAAAUUGGCUUUCUGUGCAAGUUGAUGACUGUAUGUCCCUGCCAUGUGAGAUGGAGGUUCACAAUUUGGAACUGACUACACAAUUAUUUUUCUGUAUACGCUUUUACAGGUUUCUCACCUAGGUGUAGUUCUAGUGAGUUCUGAAAAUUUAGUUUUACUUCAUUGUGACAAUGAAUACAGUUAUGUAGUAUGGAUGAGAUUUCUCUCUGCAUCAAGUUAUUUGCUGAAUGGAAGUGAAGUAGUUGGUACACUCCACACAUUACUGAAUACAUAUUUUUUUUAUUAUUAAAUUUA